GGGCAGCCAGGACCCAUGGAUCUGCAGUGGGUAAGGAAGCAAACCCUGAAAUCCCCCCAUGGAGUGCUGUGGGACCAGGCUCUAUGCAGCAAGGCAGAAAGAAGCCACUGUGCCAUCUUGCUAACAUGCAGGGUGCUGCCUUGCACCUUCAUCUUCCCUGUCUGAUAUUUGCAUAAAUGGAAAGUCCUUCCGCAGCACAGGCUCACCUGGUACCGGCUGUUUGGGAACAUGGGUUUUGGGUCAGUAGCAGCAGGAGGCCAGCGCAGUUUCACUGCAGUCCCUCACUGUUCUGCAGCAGCCCCAGGCCAUGGCAGGGACACCACAGCCCAGUGUUUCCCUCUUUCUGCAGUCAUCAAGCCCAGCUCUCAUGGAUCACCAGUUCUCCCAGCUGCCCAAUCGCUGAGUGCAGCCCAAGGCCGUGCAUCCCACAGCAGGGCAGAGUGCCCUGUGCUGCCCUGCAGCUGCACCAUUCCCACUGCACUGUGUUGACACUUAACACAGCUAUUGCAACAGUUGUGUUGCAAAGAGCAACACUGACCAUGACCUGUUGGUUGAUCCCAAAACAAGGGAUCCUCACGCUGUUGGUGCACCUGCCCACUCAUCCCAGCUCCACGAGGCUGCAGGGCUCCACACCCAACCCUGCGUCAUACUGACACGCUGGUGGAGGCACCGGGGGCUGGGGAGGGGCCAGAGCAGGUGAACAUUAACCUGGGGCAGUGCGAGGUGUCCCCAGCAGCGCAGCACCCCAGGAGCACACAGGAUGAGGGGACUCCGUGCCCACUAUCACCUCCUGCCUGACCAGGACGAGGAGCAGCCCACAGAGUGCACAGAGCCAGACAGUGAGGAGCAGCCAGGCUGGGAGGGGGCUCCAGUGACACCCCCAGCCCCAGAGGAGCCAUGCAGGCUGGUGCUGAGCACGCCAAGCAGCAUCCUGCAGGAAAGGGAGAUUGAGGAGCUGGGCCCCCACCUGCCCACCCGGCUGCAGCAGCAGCCCUGGAGCCUGCUGUACUGCACUGCGCGGGAUGGCUUCAGCCUGAGGACCCUGUACCGGUGCACCGGCCGGCUGAGCUCCCCGGCACUGCUGCUCAUCCGUGACACCGAGGCUCAGGCCUUUGGUGCCUUCUCCACCAGCCCCAUUCAUGUGAGCAGUGGCUUUUAUGGCACAGGGGAGACAUUCCUCUUCUCCUUCUCCCCGGAGCUAAAGGUGUUCAGGUGGACGGGCAGGAACAGCUUCUUCCUGAAGGGAGACACAGACCUGCUGAUGGUUGGCGGGGGCAGCGGCAAGUUUGGGCUGUGGGUGGACGGGGAUCUGCACCGUGGAGGGAGCUGCCCCUGCGAGACCUUCAACAACGAGAGCCUCUCAGCGCGGGGGGAGUUCUGCAUCCAGGACCUGGAGGCACUGGGAAGGGCGGUGCGGACGGAACCCUGCGGGAUGCCGGCCCUGCAGCAGGGUGCUGUGGUGCACGCGGUGCCCUGCAGGGCCAGCCCUGCCUGCAGCACCUUUGGACGCAGCCUGGCAGAGAUGGGCACGGCCCCCAGAAGGGCACGAGUCAGGAGCCGUGUGUGUGCUGGGGGAGAAGUGAGCACCUGGGAUGGCCCUGUCCCACCAGCUGCUGCCCUCAGGACAGUGGGAGCGGGGCUGGUGUGUGAAAGGCUGCUGGCCACCAAUAAAUGGGAAGAGCUGCACUCUGAGCCUCGUCCUUAUUGCCAAAAUAACAGUGCCAUGAAGCUGUAUACAGAAAGCAGCAGCUUCAGGUAAAACCUGUUUUGGAAAUAUCCAAAUACUGUAUCAGGACGGUAUCUCUGAUAAAGCAGAUUUUAUUGCAAUUGCAAUGGCGGGCCUCCUGCAAGCAGGAGAGCACCCAGAAAACAGCGUUCCAUUUUUAUUUCCUAUUGCCCGACGCUGAUCUCUUUCUCCCCUGGUUCCUCGUUGGCUGAGUACUUUAGGUUCACAAUUUUCUUGAUGCUUCACUGAACAUGCAAAUACUGGACAAACAUAAAUCUUCAUUGUCUGAGCGUAAAUCUCUAAUUAAUUCAUUAACUUCUAACCCUUUCUCCACACUAGGUCCUUUUUUCUGGGUAUCUGCUUGUCCUCCCUUGCAUAGAGAUAAGCUCGGAAGGAGGACACUGGGGAGGAUCUUGGUGCCCGUCACGUCCCAACCUUCCCACGGGGUGACACAGCCCGGCCUUGUGCAGAGGCCCUGUCCUCUUUGAUGUUUGCUAAAUCUGUUUUUCUUUUGCUGGGAGUUUCUUAUCCUAGGAGAACAACCCUACAGUAUGUUUUCUAAACCCUAACACUAUACCCACAUUGUUUGGAACAUUGAACAACUAUUGCAAUUUUGCAAGAAAGCAUUAACCACGUAAUUCGGUAAUUAUGUUCUGAAAUGUUAC